UUCCGGUUCAAAAUGGCACAGAAUAGAGCCAUUGCAGGGAUCUUAAAGAACUUCCAACUCCGACCUGUAAAGAAACUGCUUUUCAAAUUCGACCCGUACUCAUCAGAUGUAAGAGCAAUCAGGGAAGUGAUGUUUGCCCUGCAUGCAGAUAAGAUUCUCUCGACCAAUGUAAACUGUGUACCAAAGGUGGAAGUCAUGUCAGACCAGUCAGAACCGGAGAUGAAAGUCGACUUCAGUGAUGGCCAGAAUGUGUUAUUCAAAACAACAAAUCUAACGUCAUUGGACAUUUUACUGAAAUUACAUCAGAUGUGUACAGAAAAGGACCCCAAAAAAAUGGAAACAAACGUUAUUGACACAAAAUCAUCUCGGAAAAAAGCCUCCAAAAAAUGAUUUUGAGGAAAGAGUGUUAAGUGCUUUAGAGGAUUGCGUUGUAUAUUUACUGUGAGUAAAUCCUUGUUGUGUUUCUAUGUUUAUAUUUGGAAAGGAAUGAAAUGCUACUUUGUUCUGUGAAUCAGGUUGAUUCUGUUGGAUGUGUCUGGAUACAUAAGUAAAUGAAGACUCACCGCCUGUGUACAACAUUAUACCAAACAAAACACUUUUCAACUACCCUAGGUUUCCAGUUGAUUUACAGUAACUCACAGUUGUCAUUAGAUUUACCUUUCUGAAAUUUGUCCGAUAACUGAACAGCCAUUUCAGUGUGGGAAAGUAAAAUGUGAAAUCAGACAUUAAAUGUAAAUGAUAAUAAAGAAACAAAGAUAUUAGAUGAAAUCAUUUGCCUAACAUCCCCAUUUUUAACAUUUAUGUUGUGAGAAACACAUGAAAAGUACAACGGCUCAAGUUCUUUUGUCAUAAUUGCUCUAAUUUAUGUUUUCGAAGUAAAAUGAUAAAAGUCUUCUUUUAAAAAAAUCUUAGGGGAAAAAUUAAGAUUCAUCCUCCAAACAAGGGGAGUUGUCUCCCUUUAAUUCAGAGUGUAUACUUAGUCUUUUACCUGUCUACAAAACCAUGGUGAACUUUGACUGUGAAGUGACUUUAAGUGUUCGUCUGUCCACCAACAGGCUAUCAAAAGACCUUUAUAAGUUCUGAACAAAUGUAUCAUUCAUGUAAGUGAUGCCAUUAUUAGUUGGAUAUAUUUACAGGUAAAUAAGUCUUUUUACUUUUAUGGCAGAGCCUGAUAAAAACUAGACUGCUGAGUGUGACAUCGUGUAAAUGAUAUAUAAAAUGGAAAUACUUAGUGGAAUACAUGUGUUUGAUUUGUAAAAUAAAGUUUUGUCUGAAUAAA